AUGUCCUCCAGCAUUAGAAAACCUUGGGGAUAUCGAUGGCGCUCAUCGACUUUUUUCAUCCUCUCAUGUGUCGCAUUAGCUUUAUUCUCAGAAAACUUUCUGUACAGCUUCAUCGUCCCCAUUCUACCAACCAUACUGGAAGACCGUCUUCACAUUGACCCAAGCAAGGCACAAGUAAACACUUCGGCUGUACUUUCUAUUCACGCUUUGGUGUGUUUUCUUUCCGGGCUACCUAUCGGCAGCUGGGCGGAUCGAAACGCAUCACGGAAAGGACCUCUUCUGCUCUCUUUAGGUGGAGAAAUUGCGGGCACAAUUAUUGUCGCCACUGCCACGUCACUUCCGGUACUCUUCCUUGGGCGCAUAAUCCAGGCCAUCGCGGGUAAUGCAGCAUGGAUUAUCGGUUUUGCAACAGUAACCGACACUGUGGCGGCCGAACACAGGUCGCGAGCCAUUUCGGUGAUCUCCGUUUUUUUCAUAUCCGGGUUGUUGGUUGGUCCUAUGGUCUCCGGAAUAUUCAUGAAGCUUAUUGGGUACUGGCCGACCUGGCUUAUAGCGAUCGCCAUCCUCGUUAUUGAUAUGAUCAUGCGACUUGGUAUGAUCGAAAGUCCUGCCGGGUUAAAAAAAGACGUUGAUGGGUCAAGAUCCGAUUCCAAUCCAUCAGACGAGACCUCUACUCUUAUUUCCAGGUCCAGGUCUUCAACUGGCGAAUUUAGACAAGAGGAAACUCUACAGCAGAAUGCUAACACAGGAUUGUAUUCAACUGAAACAGCGACCGAAUCCUCGAACCAAAACUUUUACAAGGUUAUGCUCAGCAACCCUCAGGCUCUUACUGCCAUGGCCUGUCACGGAGUCAAUGCUCUUACUCUGGUCAGCUUUGAUGCUACUCUGCCCCUGCAUGUCACGCGGGCUUUUGGUUGGGACACAUCUCGGAUAAGCUUGAUGUUUCUGCUACUGCAGCUGCCGACAAUGUUCCUCUCCCCCCUCACCGGAUGGAUGAAGGAUCGGGUUGGAACGAACGGUCCCGCUAGUAUAGGAUUCUUGGCCACCGCAUUUUUCCUUUGGAUUCUAGGCACCGCUGGUCCGGAUGGACUCUCAUUUGUGGGUUCUAGAGAGAAGGGCCAGGCCGUUUACAUCUCUUCCAUGCUUGGUUUGGGCAUUGUAAGAUCUUUACUUACGGGAUGCGGGGUUAUUGAGAUGACUAGUGUUGUUACAAAACUACAGGAGACACAGCCCGCUAUAUUUGGACCGAAUGGUGGAUUUUCAAGGGCAUACUCCCUUACCAACAUGAGCUGGACAUUUGGUAUGCUCAUCGGGCCUAUUCUUGCAGGUUCUCUUAACCAAACUGUGGGAUAUUACCAUAUGAAUAUAUGUCUUGCAAUCAUCUGCUCCAUAUGCGCUAUCCUCACUUUCUUAUACUUCCACAGGAAAUAA